AUGGAUAAAUAAUCAUCAUAAGAUAAAUAAUCAUCAUAACCCCUAUCUGAGGAUUCAAUUAUAAAUAAAAUAAAUUAAAUUAUUGAGGAAAUAGAAGAUAAUUUCUAUUUUUCUGAUGAAGAUAUCGAAAAAGAUCUAAAAGAAUAAUUAGAUAAGUUAAAUGAUGAGAAAAGAUAACAAUAAUUCUAAAGCUUACAUUAAAAGUUUUUUGGAAAGACUUUUUUAAAUCGACCUUAUUUUUCCAGAAUAUAAAGCAACCAAAACAACUCUUUGCCUGUAUCUAGGGAUGAAUAGUAAAAAUAGUAUUUAGAUAAUUUAAAUAAAAAAAAAUUUGAUUUGAUUCUUAAAGAAUUAAAAAAUGAUCAAUUCUGCCAAAUUAAUUAGAUACCUUCUCAAAUUAAAGAUUACCUUGAACAAUUAGAAUAAAUAAAUAAUGACAUUUGUUUUGUUUUUGAUUUAAUAGAAAUAGUAAAAUAGAACUAAUAUAAUGUUAUAGAAAUUUUAAAAUUACUUAUUCAUUUGUUCUUCAUUUAAUGUGACAAUCACAUAAAACAAUAGAUUCAUUAAUUUAUAGGUUCUCUAUUAGAAAAUUUAAUUUAUUAGUUUGAAAAUUAUUUAGUAAAAGUCCUGAGGUAACAUGAUUAAGAUCAAGAUUUUAAACAAUAAAUUUAAAAAAUUUAAUCUAAAGAGAUUUCUGUGUAACAAGGAAAAUGUCAUUUAUAGAAAAAACUUUAAAAUCAAUUUGUUUAUUUUUUAUUUGAAACAUUUACAACACCACUUGGAUUUCAUUAGGAUAAUUUAAUUGAUUUUAUGUAAAAUCUCAUCAAUGUGAAAAAUUUUAAUAAAAUUGACUUUAUUCAUUAUGUUUCUUUGACAGAAAAUUAUAAUGAAAAUUUAGUUUUUCUCUACUUUAAGUUGAUAUUUUAUUUUUGGAUUAAAUUUAUAGAAAAGUAUGGUUUAACAAAAGAUUUAAAAAAUAUUGAAGAUAGAUUAUGUAAAUCUGAUAAAAAGCAAUAAAUGUUGAUGAAAGGUAUUAAUCAUUUGAAAUCCUAACAGUCAAAUAUGAUUUAUAGAUAUCUCAUACACAAAAUAAUAUAUUAUAGUGAAUUCGAAGAUGGACAUUUUAUCCAAACUUAUAAAUAGUUCGAAGUCUAAGAAUAAGAGUUAGUGAAAAUAUAUGAAAAUUUCAAAUCUAAAGAUAAAUAAGAAAUAAUAAAAUCUUAAGAUUUUUAAAAAAUUGUAAAAAGGUUAAUAAUGCCUUAUUAAUAUUAAAAUAUUAACGAUAAAGAAUUUAUUAAUAUUUCAAAAUUUUUAGCUACAAAUAAUUUGAAUAAUCAAUCACAAUAAAUUCUACUACAAAUAAUAAAUAACAACAAAUAAUUAGAAUUAUACAGUAAAUUAAAUUAAUUUAAUAAAUUAGAAAAGAUUAACUUUCUUCAUUUUGAUUCAGUCCUUAAGAAUAAUUCGUAAAUUUAAAUGUCAAAAUUUGUUUAUCAAAAGGAAAUUUUUGAUCGCUAUCCUAAAAAAUUAAAUAUUAAAAUGAAAGAUUUUAAUAUUUCGUUGAUUUCAUAAGAAAAAAUAGAGAAAAAUGUAUCAGAAUGGUUAAAAAAUACAAUUAAUGAAGUGAACUAUAAGGGAUUGCUUCCUUAUUAUUUUAAUAUUAUUAAAAGAAGAGAAUCACCAGAAUUUUUAUUAGGUUUAAUUAACAAAGAUGUAAUUUAAAAUAAGGUUAACAAAAAAGAAACUUUAAAUUUUAAAUCUCUGUUUUAAUUACUUUACAACAAUUCAGAUAAAGAACUUUAAGUGAUGUUAUUAAAAUUACAUUCCCAGAAUCAUCCAGUUCCACUUCUGUAUCAAAAUCCAUAAUUAGAUUAGCCAACUUCAAUUUUAGAUUUUUAUGUAUUGAAUUCAAAUAUAUUUUACCUUUUAUCAAACGAUUUUACAAUAAUCAAUUUUUCAUUUAGUAAAAAAGUAAAUCAAUUCGGAAAAACUGAGUUAAUCAAUAUGAUAUUUUAUAAUGAUUAUUAAGAUCAAAAAUUUGAAAUUAGUGAUUUGUCUGAAAUUAAUAAUCAUUCUAUAGAUUGUUAAUUUGAUUUUUCAUUUAAUGGAACUAGAAACUAUUUAAUAGCUGAUGUACAUGGAUAAUUAGAGGAUUAAAUAUUUGAAAAUUUACUCCCUUUUUUUAAACUUUGGAUAAUCUAAAUGUAAACAGAAAAUGAAUUAGAAGAAAAUGUAAAAAAGUUAAUUGAAUUAUUAAAUAAAAAUAAAAAAUAAUUUGAUUUUAAGCCUUCAAUUAUUUUAAUCAUUCGAGAUUCAGAAAAAAAGGAAUUAAACCAAGAAAUAAUUAAUAUCCUAAAAUAAAAUGAUAUUAAUCACUAUAUUUAUCAGAUUCCUAAUCUUCAUCUAUAAGAGAAUAGAGCUAUUGAAAAAGAUGAAAGAACCAAAAUUAAAGAAUACAUUUUAAAAGUUAUAGACAAUCUUAAUUAAAAUAUUAAUGAAGACAAAUUACAAGCCUCUUUUUUAAAAAUAUGUAAAGCUUUUAAUUAGAAUUUAGAUUAAAAUCAAGUUAUAUUUAAAAAUAUUUUAACUGAAUUAGAAAGAAUAAAAUAAUAAUCUGAUGGAUUUUUUUCUUAUGAAGCAUUUCCUUUAAGAAAUCUAGCUUGGCGAAUGAAGUCAUGCAAAAAGUAAAGAUAGGAAUUGAAUUAUAAAAUUUUUUAAUAUGAAUAAGAAUUAGAAAAAAAAAAAAAAGCCAUUAAAGAUCUUAAAAAUGAUAAAACUGUUGAUUAAUCAAAUUAAAUUAAAUAAAAAGAUUAAGAAGGAAAAGAAAUUGAUAACAAAAUAUAAAAAUCAUAAUAAGAAUUAAAUUAAAUAUCAGAUUAAAUUGAAAAAAUUGAAAAUUCAUAAAGGUCUCGCAAUUUUGGAGAAUCAUAAUUAAUUAAAUAAUUUACUGAUAUUUUUAGAUAAGACAAUUUCUAUGUUAUUUAUUUAAGAAUUGUUGAGUUGAUUGCUAAGUUUAACUAAAAAAACCUUAAUAUUUUAAACUCUGCUAAAGAAGAAUUAAAAUAGCAGCUUAAAUCUAAUAAAUUAGAAUCAGAAAAAGAUAAUCUAAAAAAUUAAUUGAAAGAUUUAGAAAUAAAAUUUUCUGCUUAAAAUAUCAGUAUAGAAGUGUUUUGGAGGGAAAUAAUUAAAGGAAACAGCUCCCUUAUGAGUAAUCCAGUAAAAAUAGUUGGUGAAUUGAUAUAAAAAGGAGAAUCAUUUGAAUUUUUAAGUGGAGAUGAUCUAACAAUUGAAAUAGACUUCUUAAAAUAAUUAAAAGAAUAGCUAUUUACUAAUUAUUAAAAUAAAAUUUUAAUCUUAAGUGUUUUAGGACCUUAAAGUUCUGGAAAGUCAACUUUAUUAAAUAGAAUUUUUGGAUGUCAUUUUUUAACUAGUAUGGGAAGAUGUACAAAAGGAUUAUAUCUAUAAUUAAUAAAAAUUUCUAAUAAAGAAUAAUUUGGUUCUGGUUUAUUUGAUUAUGUUUUAUUAUUAGAUUCUGAAGGACUUUAAAAUCCUAAUUAAUAAGAUCAGGAAUUUGAUAAAAAAUUAUCACUUUUCAUAAUUUCAAUAAGUGAUAUUCUUAUAUUCAAUGUUAAAGGCGAAAUUAAUUCAUCUUUUCAUAAUUUAAUUGAAAUGUGUUUUUAUACACUUGCUAAAUUUUCCAAAUUAAAAUUUAUAAAAUAAUUUGCUUGGUGUUUCAAUCAAAAUAGUUAGACUAAUGAAGAUCAAAAGUAUGAGUUAUUAAAACAAAUUGAAGACAUUGGUGUUAAAUUAAAUUCAGAAUUGAAAGAAUCAGAACAGAAUGUUGAUUAUAAUUAAUAUUUAGAUAUAACUAAAGAGAAUAUUUAUUUAUUAGGAAUUGCGAGUCAUUCAAAAUAAUGGUAAAAAUAUCACUAAGAAUAAUAGAAAUCAUAAAAAAAUCCCUCUCAAGAAAUUAAAUAAGAAAUUAAUCAAUAAGAUUAUUCAGAAAAUGCCUUAUCUUUUGGAAUUGAAAUCAUUAAAAAGUUUAUAAAGAAGUAUAAAUCAACAAAUGAAUUAAAUGAUGAAAUUUUGGCUUGGAAUGCUUUUAUUACUAAAGUUGAAAAUUAAUGGGAAAUAGUUUCAAAACUCCCUGAUUUAGUGGAGUUUUCAGAUUUAAAACAGUAAAAAGAUUAUGAAACAAUAAACAGUAUAGCAAAAAGAAAUAUGUACAAUGCAAAUAAAUAAUUAUAAGAUUUUGAUAAAAUCAUUUAAUAGAUAGAAGCUGAAAGCUAGUUAUAUAAUUCUUUAGAAUAAUAUGAUAAAUUAUAAGAUCAAAUUUAAGAAAUUUUUUUAUUAUCGUGUAAGAUUAAAAAAGAGGAGAUAUUAAACAACUUAAAAAAAGAAUAUUCUUAUUAAAUAAUUUCAAAAGUAAUAAGAGAAAAAGUAGAAGGCAAUAUAGAGUAAGUAUAUUAAGCUAUCUCCUUGGAAGGGUUAUUAAUAAUUUUAUAAAAGAUUCAUUAAUAAAAAAGAUAGUUUUAAUAUAGUCUUGUUCAAGCAGAAAUUUAAAAAAAAGUAAAGGAAAUAUUAAAUGAUAAUAGCCUAUUCUUGUUGCUUAAAAAUAAUGAAACUUAAAAACAGAAAUAUUUUAUCGAACUUUGGAAUGAUUAGGUUUAAUCAUCAAAUCAGGAGAUUGAAAAUCUACAUAAAGAAUUUUAAAAAAAAUUAUUUAAUUGUUUUUAAAGGUACUAGCAGUAAUAUUAUUAUAAAAUACAUGAUUUCGAAAAUUAAUUUGACAUUUUUUUAAACUAAAUCAAUAAAUGUGACCCAAAUGCUAAUAAGUAAAAUGAAAUACCUUAAAUUUGUCAAAUGUUUUUAAAAGAUUUUUAAAAGUAGCCUUUUCAUCCUUUGAGUAAAUAGAGUAAAUAAGAAUUGAAUGAAAUCUUUGAUUAAGAUAUUUUAAAAAGACUUGAUUAAAUGCCAAAAUCUUCUUUUAUUAAUCCUUGGAAAUACUUGUAAUAGAAAACAAUAUAUUCAGUUUUAGAAAAUAACCAAAUCGUAUUUGAAGUCAAAAAUAAUUUAAAAAAGAUUUUUACAGAUUUUAUGAAUGAAAACAUAGGGUUGUAAUCUAAUAAGCAACAAAUUAGAGAUUUAUUUUCGAUUUUGAAAUAAUUGGAUCUUAAUUUUAAUGAAUAAAUUUUGGAUUAUCUUCUUAGUGAUGAUGGUUUAAGAUAAAUGUUUCACUCAAAACCUUUAUAAUCCCCUAUGGUUGAACAAAAAAUUAAUUAUAAACCUAUGAUAAAUGAAAACAUAUAAUUCUCAACAUAUAUUGCUAAUAAUUAUUUAAUUCCACAUAGAUCACCUCAUUUUUUAGUUUAACCGAAUGAUCCCAAUCAAAAUAAUAAUAAUUAAAUUUAAAAACCCACUUAAAACAUAUAAUAAUUGAACGAUUCCAAUCAAAAUAAUAAUAAUUACAUUUAAAAACCAACUUAAAACAUAUAAUAAUUGAAUGAUUCCAAUCAAAAUAAUAAUAAUUAAAUGUUAACACUAGCGUAAAAAAACAAUUAAUAAUUAAAUAAUAUCAAUCAAAAUUAUAAUAAUUAAAUUAAAAACCCCUUUGGAACAAUUUAAUUAUAAAAUAAUUUCAAUCAAAAUAAUAAUAAUUAAGAUUUAAGACACACUCAAAAUAAUAAUAAUUACAUUUAAAAACCCACUUAAAAUAUUUAAUAAUUGAAUGAUUACAAUCAAAAUAAUAAUAAUUACAUUUAAAAACCAACUUAAAACAUAUAAUAAUUGAAUGAUUCCAAUCAAAAUAAUAAUAAUUAAAUGUUAACACUAGCGUAAAAAAACAAUUAAUAAUUAAAUAAUAUCAAUCAAAAUUAUAAUAAUUAAAUUAAAAACCCCUUUGGAACAAUUUAAUUAUAAAAUAAUUUCAAUCAAAAUAAUAAUAAUUAAGAUUUAAGACACACUCAAAAUAAUAAUAAUUACAUUUAAAAACCCACUUAAAAUAUUUAAUAAUUGAAUGAUUACAAUCAAAAUAAUAAUAAUUACAUUUAAAAACCAACUUAAAACAUAUAAUAAUUGAAUGAUUCCAAUCAAAAUAAUAAUAAUUAAAUGUUAACACUAGCGUAAAAAAACAAUUAAUAAUUAAAUAAUAUCAAUCAAAAUUAUAAUAAUUAAAUUAAAAACCCCUUUGGAACAAUUUAAUUAUAAAAUAAUUUCAAUCAAAAUAAUAAUAAUUAAGAUUUAAGACACACUCAAAAUAAUAAUAAUUACAUUUAAAAACCCACUUAAAAUAUUUAAUAAUUGAAUGAUUACAAUCAAAAUAAUAAUAAUUACAUUUAAAAACCAACUUAAAACAUAUAAUAAUUGAAUGAUUCCAAUCAAAAUAAUAAUAAUUAAAUGUUAACACUAGCGUAAAAAAACAAUUAAUAAUUAAAUAAUAUCAAUCAAAAUUAUAAUAAUUAAAUUAAAAACCCCUUUGGAACAAUUUAAUUAUAAAAUAAUUUCAAUCAAAAUAAUAAUAAUUAAGAUUUAAGACACACUCAAAAUAAUAAUAAUUACAUUUAAAAACCCACUUAAAAUAUUUAAUAAUUGAAUGAUUCCAAUCAAAAUAAUAAUAAUUACAUUUAAAAACCAACUUAAAACAUAUAAUAAUUGAAUGAUUCCAAUCAAAAUAAUAAUAAUUAAAUGUUAAGACUCACCUAAAAAAACAAUUAAUAAUUAAAUAAUAUCAAUCAAAAUAAUAAUGAUUAAAUUUAAAAACCCAUUCGAACAAUUUAAUAAUAAAAUAAUUUCAAUCAAAAUAAUAAUUAUUUCAAUUAAUUUUCCACUCAAAACAUUUAAUAAUCAUAAAUCAAUUCCUAAUAAUAAAAAAAUUAAAAAUCUUAAAAUUAUACAAUAGAUGAUCUAAUAGAAUCAAUAUAAAUAUCAAAAACAAAAUUAUUGAAUCCUCCAAGCGUUUAUUAAUGGAAUUACAUAUAAAAGUUUUUUCCUAAAUUAAGAUAAUAAUAAUUAGAUUAAAGCUGUAUGCAUGAUAACAAUAAAACAAAAUAUUAUGUUCUUUCGGAAGAGAAAUAGAUCAAAUAUAAAUAAAUAGAUAAUAAUUCUAAGUAUUAAAAUUUUUUUUGUUAUAUUAUUGAAUAAAAAACAAAUUAAAUGAAUACAGAAGAUUUUAAUUAAAAAUUUCCAGAGCUUUUUAUAGAGAUAAUGAAUGAAAAUAAUGGAUGGAAUGAAUUAUGUUCAAAGAUAUAUAAUAUAGUCUAAGAAAAAUUUGAAAAAUAAUAAUCAUUGGGAAGACCUUAAUAAAAUUGCUCAAAUGUUUUUUAAAUUAUAUAAAAAGAUGAAGAUAUGACAUAAUACAAUCAACAAUUUAUUUAACCAAUAUACAAUAAUGUUGAAAAUUAUUUAGAAACAAUUAAUAAGUAAUUAGCCUUCUUUGGUGUUGAAUUUAAUCCAUUGCUUAUUCGCAUGCUGAAAUUUAAUACAUUUGUUAUUAUUUGGAGAUUUAUAUGCUAUGAUAAAUAUAAAAUGUAUAUUAAAGAGCAAGAAACUAUAUAAACAAAAAAGGGCAUAAUGGAAAAAAGAUUUAAUGAGGGAAUAUAAUAAAAUAAAAUAUAAUAAAUCAAAACAUUAGCAUAGGAAUAAGCUGAAUUGUUAUAAUAGAAAAUUACAUCAUAAUUUUACAAUGAAAAUAAAAUAAGUGUAAAGAGUAGAAUUAAUGAACAUUAAAAGACUUCAUAUUAGCUAAUUAAAUAAUUAGAUUAGUAAUUACUGAUUGGUAGUCAAAAUAAUUAACUUAAUGGGGACGAAGGAAUAAAAGAAAUAACUAUGUAUCUUUCUGAUUAAAAAAAAUAUAUUGAAAAAUAUGUUGAAAAGUUUAUUAAUCAGCUUUAAUAAAAUAUUGAAAAAGAAUUUUUAGUUUAAAAUUAUGUGUAAAGCUGUUUGACAUAAAUUCAGUAAAAUUGUUCCCUUUUACUAGAAAGUGUUGCAUCAAUAUCUAGCAAGAAAGAGUUUAAUAAUUAAGAUUAUUUCUAUGGUUAUGAUGAUAUGGAUUAAAAUAAAACAGAAACACUAUCAUUAGAUACAAUUUUAUAAUUUGUUUUAGGAAAAGAUGUAGGGGAAUUAGGAUAAUUUAAAUAUAAUUGGAUAUUUCAAAACAAUACAAAGACUUAAUCAAUUAAUUUGGAAAUCUCAAAUAAGGAAAAUAUUUCAAUCUAUUUAUUAGAAUAAUUUUUGAUAGAAUUCAGAAAUUAAAUAUCAAGUUUCAAUAAAUAAUGUCAAGAACUAAAAACUUCAAUUGAUCAGUUUUAAUUAAAAGGACAAUUCUUAGAUUUAUAAAAUACUAUGAAUGGUUGUGAUAAAUCAUGUCCAAUGUGUAAUAGAAAAUGUGAUUAUGAACAUUAUCAAGAAAGGAAUCAUAAGCACAAAUGCUCAAAUGGUCAUCAAUUGAGAGGUAUAUAGUUUAUUUAAUCAUAGGAAUGAAUGGAGUAUUAAUUCGAUCAUCUCCAUCUCUUUAUACUUGUGAGGAAAUUCUUGAUGAAACAGAAAUUUAAAUUUAAGAAACUAGUAAACUUAAAACUUGGAGAGAAAUAAAAUAAAUUUAUAAAGAUUGGAGUUUUAAGGAUAUUUUAUCAUCAGAAAAGCUCUUAGAAAAUAAAUAAAAAUUCAUAGAAAUUUGGAAUGGAGGAAUAGGUUAAUUGAUUUGUCUUAAAUUAUCAAAAGAGUUAAAAAAAGAAAUCUUAUUUUUAAAAAAACAUGACCUUCCCAUGCAUUUGUAACAUUGCUCAAUCCACUACAUAUUCAUCUUAGAUUAUAGUGGAUCUAUGAUAAAUAAUUGGCAUUUUGUAAUUGAAUGCGUUAAAUCAUAAUUCUAAUAAAUAAGUUAAAAAUAGAACGCUAGAGUAAGUGUGAUACUAUUUAACAGUGAGGCCAAUAUAGUUAUCAAUUGUUAAGAAUUAAAUAUUGAAGAAUAAUUAAAAUUACUUAUUUACAAAGGAGGCUGUACUAAUUUUGACCCAGCUCUGAUUUCUGCAUUAAAGUUAAUAAAAUCUAAUUCAGAAUUUACUUAGUAAUAGAAAUAUUAAAUAUUAUAGCUCAGUAAUUCUCUUUUACACUGAUGGAUUAGCUGAAUAUCCUUAGAAAGCAAUUGAAUAGUUCAGCACACUUUCAAAUAGAAUUUUAGAUACCAUUUACUUUUUGGCUUGUUCUUAACCUGAUAAUUCUGUAUCACUAGAAAAAAUCAUAAAAUAUUUUAAAAGCUACUGUGUAUAUGCUGAAUGGAGGGAAAAUAUUCAGCCAGCUAACCUAAAUAAAAAUUGGACAGAAAUGAUUUCUGAAACCCAUUUUUCAAAAUAUAAAGCAUGA